AUGGAACAGGCCGGCAAUGUUUUGUAUAUGUCACUGACAGAGUUGGUUGUAAUCAUAAAGGUCAUCAACAUUUGGUACAGGGGCGAACAGGCCUUGCAAUUAAUGGAUGAGCUAGAAAAACAUGGACACUACAAACUGCUAAGUGGAGAAGUCGAGUUCUGGCGCCACGAACAGAGCCAUUUUAAGCGAAUUUUCUACUGUUAUGUUGGAGGAAGUUUUCUUGUAGCUUGUCAAGGCUACAUCAGCGUGCUCUACCAGGAGGCAUACGAACUUCCAUUCAGUUUUUACGUUCCCUUCGAGUGGCAUAGCCCGCAGGGCUACUUUUAUGCCUGGAGCUACAACGUGAUGGCCAUGUCACUGUGCUGCCUUUCCAAUUGCCUCCUGGACACGAUGGGCUGCUACUUUAUGUUUCAUAUUGCUUUGCUUUACCGCAUUAUAGGUCGACGAUUCCUUGCAUUGCAGGAAGCACCCGAAGAGAAGGCUCUCCCAGAAUUGCGACGCAUCUUUCAGCUUCACAACCGAGUGCGCAUCCUGACAAAGCAGUGCCAGCUGUUGGUUUCACCAUACGUCCUCUCCCAAGUUGUGUUCAGCGCCUUUAUCAUCUGCUUUAGUGUAUACCGCCUUGUACAAAUGGGCUGGCAACGAAAUCCGGGUGUGUUUCUGACCACUGUGCAGUUUGUCGCAAUGAUGAUCGUUCAGAUAUUUUUGCCCUGUUAUUACGGCAACGAGCUAACCGUGUGUGCUAAUGAGCUUACAAAUAGCGUGUUUAACACGAAUUGGUUGGAGUAUUCUGUAACCACUCGCAAGGUUCUCAGCUGCUACAUGGAGUUUCUAAAACGACCUGUAAAGUUGCGUGCGGGAGUAUUUUUUGAGAUCGGACUACCAAUAUUUAUGAAGACCAUCAAUAAUGCGUACAGCUUUUUGGCUUUGCUCAUAAAUUUGUCAAAAUAGACCAAGGGUACCAGAACUAAC